UUCAAAGAAAUCUCUCAUGCAUAUGAAAUCUUGUCUGACCCGGAGAAGCGCGCCAACUAUGAUAGAUUUGGUGAAGAAGGACCUGGUGGAGGAUUCGGUGCCGGUGGUGGUAUGUCCGCUGAUGAUUUAUUUGCCAACUUAUUCGGUGGAGGAUUUGGAUUUGAUAUGGGUGGCAGUAGUGAUGGUUUUUAUUCUGGCUAUGGUGGCGGCGGUAGUAAUAGCCGUAGACCUCGCAAAGGGGAAAGCUUGAAAUACCCACUCUCUGUUUCUUUGGAAGAUUUAUACCUUGGUAAAAAAACAAAAUUGGCUCUUCAAAAGAAUGUUAUCUGUUCUACUUGUGAUGGCAGAGGUGGUAAAACCGGGGCGACUAAAAAAUGUACCAGCUGUAAAGGUCGAGGAUUUACUGUAGCUAUGCGCUCAGUAGGUAUGGGCAUGAUUCAACAAAUGCAAGUGCCUUGCCCUGAUUGUGACCAGACAGGUCAAAUUGCUAAAGAUCGUUGUAAGAAGUGCAAGGGAAAAAAGGUGACAGAGGAAAAGAAGUACCUGGAAGUCUUCAUUGAAAAGGGUAUGCAAAAUGAACAAAAGAUUGCUAUGAAAGGAGAAGGAGAUCAAGAGCCUGGUAUUGAGCCGGGAGAUGUUAUUCUGGUGUUGAAGCAAAAAGAACAUGAUAAAUUCAAGCGUGAAGGCAAUGAUUUAUAUACCAAAGUCAAAAUUUCCUUAACUGAAGCGUUAUGUGGGUUCAACAAGGUCAUUGUUACCCACUUAGAUGGACGCGGUAUUAAAGUCAAUCAUCCAGCUGGACAUGUCAUUAAGCCCGGUAUGAUUAAACGUAUUUCCAACGAAGGUAUGCCGACGUAUAAGCGUCCUGAUGAUCAUGGUGACUUAUAUGUCGAAUUCGAAGUCGAAUUCCCCCAAGAUAACUUUGCUUUGGCUGACGAAUUAACAAAGUUGGAAUCCAUCUUACCAAAACGUAGCAAGGAAGAACAAAAUUAUGAAAUUGUCGAUGAAUGCCACAUGACAGACGGUAGCAUGGACACCUUUGGCGCUUCCAAUCAGUCACGUAAUAACUAUUACGAUGAAGAUGAUAGCGAAGAUGAUGAACGCGGUAGCAGCGGUGUGCGUUGUGCCCAACAAUAA